AUGGUUGCCAACAAUCUGGCCUUCACCCAAGGAGACAUGUCACUUGAAGACGUGUUCAAACAUUACAAGGCUGUCGCUACUUCUUCAGGUAGGAAGAAGGACAACAAGAGGACUCGGGGGGAGAGCAGUAAAAACGCCUCAAAGAAGGCCCGAAUUGAGGACCCUCCAGCCACUGUUCCUUCGAAGGAGAACACGCCACCUCCAUCGCCACUUAAGCAGCCAGCCUCAACUCCUCCGGUCGACCAGCAUUCCACUCCUCCAACACCUGUCGACCAGCACCCUACUCCUCAGGACCCUACCAGCCAAACACAGCGCACUCAGCCCGAAGGUUCCCUGUCCAGCUCCGUGGUCAGCUCAGCCAGGGAGAGGAUAUACAAGCUCUCCAAACACAAACAUAGUCAAGAGGCCAUUGACAGCACCAUCUCCAUGGAGACCGACCAAAUACUCAACCGGGGGCUGAAUGAGAUAGGAUUGCUGAACAUGACUGCUGGCUGGCGCCGAGCGGGUGCAAUGGUGUCCAAGACUAAAAGCUUUGACACCGUGCUUGCUGAGGCUAAAAAAGCACUUGAAGGGAAAAAUGCUGACCUACUCGAGGAGAACAAUGAGCUAACCAAGCAGAACGGCGAGUUGCUUAAGAAAAGUGCGGAGCUAUCUAAGCAGAAUGAGGAACUGCUCGAGCAAAAAGCCACUUUGACCGAGGAGCUGCUGGAGACUUUUACUUUUAAUUGA